AUGCAGAAGGACGUGUUGGCGUUUCUGCAGCAGCACGACCUCCUUGAUGAGACUGCGACAAAUAAGUUGCUGCGCCACGCCGUGCGGCGGCCAAAUGUGAUGUGGCUGUUCUCAAAGAUCAGCAACGCCGAAGAUGCCGCCGCGGUUCUGUCGGAUGUGACAAGCGGCAACACUGAGCGGCGCCCCGCUCCCGCUGCAGCUGCAACGCAGAGCGGAAAGGACGAUGACGAUGAAGGCGUAGAGGUGGAGGCUGUGCUGCGCUUCAAUGCGCUGGUGGAGAAGAAGGAGCAGCAAACAGGCAUGACGCGCUACGGCGAGCCUGUCAAGAAGAGCACUGCAGCAGACGCUGCCGUCUCUGAAAAGGCAAACAAGAAAAAGGGCACCACCAACGCCACCGGUGCGCCGUCGGCGGCGGCAGCAGCGAAGUGGGACGAUGAAGACUUGGUUCGCCUGCAAAAGGCAACUGCAAAGUACCCGCCCGGGACAGUGGAUCGCUGGCGCAAGGUGGCCACUAUGCUGCGCGACAAGUUCACUGAAGAAGAGGCAAUGGCAAAGGUUAACGAGCUUACAGCUGUGCUGCACCACGCUAAUAAUUCUAGCAAUAAUACUCGAACCGCGGCUCAGCAACCGGCGCCAGACGCCGUAAAGGUCUCUUCUUUGGGAGCUGCUGCAGCGGUGGUGCCCCCGGUCCCUUCCGCAGAGGACUGGACGGUGAAACAGCAGAAGAUGCUGGAGCAGGGGCUGCGGGAGAUGAAAGACUAUAAGGAAAAGGAUAAAUUUCAAAAGAUUGCGGCGAUGGUGGAUGGAAAGAAUGCCAAGGAGUGCUUUGAGCGGUUUAAAUAUCUAUGCGCCAUGAAUAAGCGCAAGUAA